AUGCUCUCACGUGUUGCUGCAGUGAAGGCACCCCGCACACACAACCGUCGCCGCGUGACCGGAUCGAGCGGCAUGAGGAGGGAAGGAAGAGAAAGUGAGCCGCAGAGGCCCCACAUGUUCCGGCAUCACUUCUAUUCCGCGGUGCUCCUCCUUCUAAUGCUCUGCGGCAGUGGUGAAGCUGCCGCCGACGGGGAAAGUAAAUCAAAUCAAGGAGCUUCGUCGGGAAAACAUUAUGUUUGGAGAGAUGUGAAAGAUGGAGAAGAAAAAUUGAUUUUGCUCCGUGUUCCCAGUCUCGUUGAAAUGGAUGGUGAAGUGUUUGCCGUUGCCGAGGCGCAGUGCCCGAAGGAGGGUGAAGAAGGCGGUUUUACUGGGAUUGCCUCGGAGCUCCUGGAGUGGACUGGUGAACAAGAAAAAGAGGAGUUGGAUAGAACAAAAUUGAAGACACAAGUACUGGAGGAAUGUCCGUCCGGCGAUAAAGGCGUCUGCAGCAUAGCGAAUCAGGCUGUUUCUCAAGGAGUGAAGAAUGUACAUGUGAGCCGACCAACAACAGUUGUGAAGGGGAGUGAUAUUUACAUGAUUGCUGGAAAUUACAGUUGGACACUUAAAGCUGGCGAUCAGGAUAGUGGUGCAGCUGGCUGGGGACUCAUGCUGGUGAAAGGGAACGUCAGUACUGUUGACAGUAAAAAAAGAAUACUUUGGAAUGACACUUACGUUAUCCCGUGGAAUUAUAAAGGCAACCAAAAUGAACCCCUGAAACGGCUGAUUGGCAGCGGAGGAUCGGGUCUUAAGAUGGAGGACGGUACGCUUGUGUUUCCGCUGGAAGGCACCAAAAAGAAGGAGGCCGAUGCCGAAGAGGAUGGAAAGACUGUUUCACUUGUCAUAUACUCCACAGGUAAUGAGGGUUGGGUGCUGCCGAAGGGGAUGUCUGCCGAUGGCUGCGGUGUUCCCUCCGUCGUGGAGUGGGAGAAGGACAAACUCAUGAUGAUGACUGCGUGUGAUGGUGGCCGCCGCAGGGUGUACGAGUCCGGUGACAAGGGGGAGUCGUGGACGGAGGCACUCGGGACACUCUCGCGCGUGUGGGGCAACACAAAGGGUGAAAAGGUUGAACUCGUUGGGAGCGGGUUCACCACAGCGAAGAUUGAUAAGAAAAAAGUGAUGCUUGUCACUCUGCCGGUGUAUUCUAAAGAGAAAGAGAAAGAAGAAAAAGAAAAGGGCAGUCUCCAUCUUUGGCUGACGGACAACACGCACAUUGUCGAUAUUGGGCCGGUAUCCGAUGAUGACGUUGCCGCCAGCUCCCUGCUGUACAAAAGUGGUGAAAGUGGAAGUGGCGAUAAUAAUGGGGAAGAGUUGAUUGCACUGUACGAGAAGAAGGAGAGCGGUGAUGAGGACGCAUCACUCGGUAUGGCUUCUGUGCUUCUGAAUGCGCAGCUGGAGAAGGUGAAGGAGGUGCUGAAAACGUGGAAGAAUGUGGACGAACGUGUCUCCCAGCUGUGCACCUCUGAGAAGGUUACCUCAAGUGAAACUGCCUGCAGUGCUGAUAUUAAGAUCACGGAUGGGCUGGUUGGCUUUUUGUCCGGCAACUUCUCUGAGAACACAUGGAGGGACGAGUACCUCGGGGUGAACGCCACAAUAAAGGGGAAUGAUGGGGCAACAGAGGCUUCCGAUGGUGUGAAGUUCCAGGGAGCGUGGGCGGAGUGGCCUGUUGGCAGUCAGGGGGAGAAUCAGCUGUACCACUUCGCGAACUACAACUUCACUCUUGUGGCGACGGUGUCCAUCGACGGUGAGCCGAAGGGAAAUACCCCCAUUCCAUUGUUGGGUGUGCGUGCGGGCAGUAACGGGGGAAAAAAACUUUUUGGACUGUCGUACAACGGCGGAGAUAAGUGGCAAUUGCUGUGCGGUGGCGGAAAAAACAAGGAAAUCAGCAGCACAUGGAAGCGAGGGACAAAACACCAAGUGGCCAUUGUGCUACGGAACGGCACCCAUGGCUCCGCGUACGUCGAUGGUAAACGUCUGGGGAAGGAUGCGCAAUGUGAAUUGAAAAAUACAGAUUCGGAAGGGAUCUCGCACUUCUACAUUGGAGGGGAUGGUGGCAGUGCAGACAACACAAGAAGCCGUGAAGUGGUGUCUGUGACGGUGACGAACGUCCUGCUGUACAACCGCCCGCUGACUUUUUCAGGUGGGAAUGCCGAGGUGGAAGAAGUUACCGAUUCACCAUCAGCGGAGCCUGCUUCUCCAUUUGUGGCAAGGAAUCAAAAUGCGGCGCCUCCUGCAAAGAUACCUCCUGAAGCUCCGGUGGGGCAAACGACCUUGCAGCAGCCUCAACACGAAGGUAAAGGGCAAAAUGCAACGGCGGAGGAAUCUGCCACUACACAAGAAGUUCCGGCGACCACAUCGCAGGGAAGUGUAGAGAAGGCGGCGGCUUCGAACUCCCAUGCCGCUGGAGAAGCAAGAGAUGAUGCCGGCAUUAUGCGUGAGAGCGGACUGCUGCCAUCGCUGCUCCUUCUGUUGGGACUGUGGGGGUCUGCAGCUCUGUGA